AUGAACUUUGAACAGGCUUACUCGAUGUAUAAUCACUUACAACAAGAAAAUGCCCUCAACGCCAUCGAAGACCUUCAAAAAAUUCAGGAUAUGAACUUGAUGAAGUAUAAAUAUGAUAGACCUCAGCUGCCGCAACCAUUGAAAAAACAGAAACUCAACCACCCUCCACAACCGCCCUCGCAGUCGCAAAACUUUGACCGGUUUUUUUCCAACACCGAAUCCAACGCCUUGGAGAAGUUUUUGGACAACUUAGCCAAUCCCACCAACCACAACCCGUUGGACCUUUAUGCCCACCAGUUCCAGUUCAAGCCCAAGCAAAAGCCCGCCAAACAAGAUGUGGCUAAUGCUUUUGCUCAUCCUCCCUCCAAUAGUGUGUUUGCUUCGCAGGUAGAAGUACAACAUGAUUCAAGUCUCAACACCCAGUUACCCACGCCAGAGUCUCGCCAGUCGUCCAUCGACGAAGACUACGAGAUGUCCAAGCGGUCCAUGUCGGUGGAAGACUUUCCCGACUAUGCGGAUUAUGAGGCCCACGGGGUGAAGAGAUCUAACCCCAAGCCGUUGUUGUCUUUGGAACAGAGACGUUUAAAUCACUCUCAUAGUGAACAAAAAAGAAGGCAGCUAUGUAAGCUUGCCUACGAACGAUGCUUGCGGUUGAUCACUAACUUCGAGUCGUACUCCAAAAAACCCCCUGUGAAUAAAAAGAGCAAAAGAAAACAGUUUACCAAGGACGGCUUACCGAACUUGCUGAAGCACUGUGCGUUGAUGAAGAUAUCUCAUGAAAUGACCAAGAUCAAGGGUCAGAACGAUGGCUUGAAGCGGUUGUUGGAGAUGAACGGGGUGGUAUAGGAUAGGGCAUUUGUAUAAGUAUAACGAUUAAUGAUUAUGAUAUUUAU